AGUAAUAAUCAGAGUCAUAUUCAAUAAAUCAGGUGAUACAUGCCAUGGGUGAUUGGGAAAAGGUAACAGAUGAUGAAGGAAGAGUGUAUUACUUCAAUUCUGUGACUAAUGAGACCAGUUGGGAUGUACCAGAAGAGUCAAAGACAGAACAAGUAGAUGGAACCAAAGAAUCAACUGAAAUCAAUAAUGGUACAGGAUGGCAACAAUAUACAACUGAUGAUGGUAAGGUUUAUUAUUAUAAUGAAUCUACAGGUGAGACUACUUGGGAAAUACCUGUUGAAUUGGCAGAGGCUCAAGAGUCUAGUUCAUCAUCCAAAAAAUUAUCCGAAACAGCUUUGGAUAAAGAAUUAUCAUCAAAAGAAGUAUUAACGGAUUCUUUAGUAUAUCCACCUACAUUUGAAUCAUUUACAGAAGCCGAGGAAGCAUUUAUAGAACUAUUAAAGAAAAAUGAAGUAGAUUCAACUUGGUCAUUCAAAUCAGUAAUGUCAAGACUUAUUAAAGAACCAGUAUAUUGGGCUAUACCAGAUGCAUUACAUCGUAAAAUAUUAUAUGAUACAUAUUUAGUACAAAAAUUUGAAAAAGAAUUAAAUAAUAAAACUUCUUUAAUAGAGAAUUUUGAAAAGAAUUUUGGAGAAGUAUUACUUCAGUAUAAACAAAAUGGAAAGAUUAAUCGAAAUACAAGAUGGAUAACAUUUAAAGAUUAUUUAAUUGAUGAUGAGAAUUCUAUUUUUAAGUUAUCAGUACUACCCGAUAUGAAAAUUGCAGAAAUAUAUUAUAAGUUCCGAGAUCAAAUAACUAAGGAAUAUGAAGAAGAUUUAAAAACUAAGAAAGAACAAGCAUUAAAUGAAUUAGAAUCUUAUUUAACUGAAAUUAAUCCUUCUAUAGUAAGAGCUAAUUCGGUAUGGGAGAAGUUAUAUCAAAGUCUUUUAAAUGAUGCCAGAUUUAAAGCCAAUGAUCAUUUUAAAUUAUUAUCUAAGCUUGAUAUACUAAUAUUGUACGAAACAAAAAUAUAUCCUAAGGCUGUUGAACAAAUUCAAACGGAAAUAAAUGAAUAUGAAAAAUCUACUUAUAGAUCAGAUAGGAAAGCUAGAGAUGCCUUUAAGAAAACACUUAAAACUCUUAAUAUUGAUCCUAAUACUCCAUUGAAGGAUGUAUUACCAUUACUUGAAGUAGAGGAUCUGUUUAUGGAAUUAUUAGGUAGAAGAGGAUCAAAUCCUUUAGAAUUAUAUUUUGAUUUCAUAGAUGAAAAGAAAGAUAUUAUUAAAGUAAUGAAAGAAUCACUAGAAUCAAUUAUACUGAAGUUUAAGACCUCUCAUAAUGAAAAGUUUGAAUAUGCUAUCAUUCUUGAAUCGAAGGAUUUAUUCAUUGAUAAAUUAAAACAAUCCAAUGAUAAUCGAAUUAAAGGUAUAGAUUUUGAAUCUAAGGAGUUUGACAAAGCUUAUCAAGACUUAUAUGAUAUUCUUGUUAUAGAGAACUUAUAUCAUAAAAAUGUUGAUGAGUUUAUUCGAUUUCUUUAUGAUAAUAAGGAUACUCAGGGAAUUAUUGGUGAGAAUACUGAAGAUGGAUUAAUUCAUAUUCAAUCGGAUGAUGCAACAUCUUAUAAAUUAGCGUCAGAUAAUAAUAUUGACACAAUCCUUACUAAGUUUAAAGAAUUUCCUCUAUUCGUAAGCAUAUUAGAGUGCAAAAAGUUAGAGGAGAAUAAUGCUGUUCGAGAUGUGCUUGACGGUCUAAUCACAUACUACAAUAAAUCUUCUCGUAAGAGAAGUAUUGAUAGUGUAUCGUCUCACUCCAAACGAGUAAAAGUCGAAGAAAAGUCCAAACCCCGAGUUCUUAAUUAUUAAUUAUUAAUUAUUAAUUAUUGAAUGGUUAAUGGUUAAUGGUUAAUGGUUGCAAUUUUCUAUGUAUAGCAUUUUUAAU